AUGGGUUCUAUAAUUCCAUCAACUGAUACACUUUGUCUCAAAUCUCCGGCGAAGAAACCCGUCAUUUCAAUCAAAGCUCCUCGAGAUAAUUCGGAGAACUCUCCGAUUACCAAUGGACGAAAGAGUGUAAAGGCAAAGGUAGCUAAGGCCUUACCUGUAGCACCACUCAGUGUAAGAAGAAGUGAAAGAGUUCCCCGGCCAACGACACACUAUCAUUCUUCAGUCGUUGAUUCUACUGACUUCAUGGUCACCAAACCCACGCCAAAGUCAAACAUUAACGGGAAGAUUUCAAGCUUCGUCGAUCCCAAGAGUAAAUACUGGGAUCCCGUAAAAUUUCUCUUGGACGAUUCCUUGGUCCCUGUCACCAAUCUGGAUGCAAAACCCCCCAAGGGGUUUGGAUUUAUCGUCAACAAUGUUCUUCGAGAUCCAUCCACAUAUCGACCCGACAAAUCCAACCAUGUAUCCAAACCAAGACAGAAAGCACCCCGAAUUCACCCCAGACUCCUAGCUCACAUUAAGAAUGGUACUGCAACCAUGGCAAACCGCCUUUACUAUGAAAAAUAUGAGCCUGGACAAAUCAACCCUAUUGCUGGACUAUUUUCCGAAGAUAACCCAUUACCUCCUGCACGAUUAAAGCGACGCAGACCUCUUCCUCGAUCAUAUGAUGAAGUUAUCACACAGGAGAUUGUCGAGCCUGAUUCAAAGAGGAUCAAAUUCACUUCUGAGAAGAAGUCGAAAAGCCCUCCCAAGAAGGUCUCCGAGAAGGCCACUGAGAUUGCAAUUGAGAAGAAAGUGCAUUUUGAGAAGAAAAUUUACCAUCGCUCUGAAGUCAGAGAACGACUGGUCAAAACCACUAAUAAGAUGUUACCGCGCAUUGAUAUUUCGGAACCUGUGAUGGAAAAACGUGAUUUUAACUAUCUACAGGAAGAAAGCUUUCAUAAUCGACCAUCCAUCAACCUUGUCAUCCCCGAUCACAUCAAAGCAAUUCUCGUCGAUGACUGGGAGAAUGUCACCAAGGCUCAGCUGCUUGUGCCGUUACCUCACAAGAAAUCUGUUAAUCAAAUUUUGGACGAUUGGCUUGAAUCGGAAAAACCCAAGCGACCCAUCGGAAGCGCUCAAGCAGAUAUUUUGGAAGAGAUCGUCGCUGGGUUAAAGGAUUAUUUUGAGAAAUCCCUUGGUCGUAUUCUUCUUUACAGAUUUGAACGCCAACAAUACACCGACUUCCGCCAGAUAUGGGAUGACGAGGAAUCUGAACAGAAAUGUGCAAGUGAUACUUAUGGUGCUGAACACUUGUGUCGUCUCUUGGUCACUCUCCCGGAACUCAUCGCUCAAACCAACAUGGACCUCCAAUCCGUCAAUCGUCUUCGAGAAGAACUUGGCAAGUUAACCAGCUGGAUCGGCAAGAACGCUAAGGAUUACUUUGUCAACGAAUAUGAGGCUCCCGGUGUCGAAUAUACAGAGAAGGCUCGCAGCAAUGUUUAG